GCUCGUCAGACAAGCCCGGCAUGCAGUUGCUUGCUGCCAAUGCAACCUCCCAGUUGCAACAUAUCUGCGCCCUCGACAUUGACUCCAAGGCGUCAUACGUUCGACUCUCGGGCAUCAUCUGUACAAUAGGACCUGCCUCCCGCGGUGUCGACAUGCUUGAGAAAAUGAUGGAAACGGGAAUGAAUGUGGCUCGUAUGAACUUCUCACACGGCUCCCACGAGUACCACGCCGAAACAAUCAAGAACUGCAGAGAGGCAGAGAAGAAUUACAGUGCCAAACUUGGCAUCCCAUUCUCCUUGGCCAUCGCUCUGGACACCAAGGGUCCAGAGAUUAGAACCGGUCUUUUAGAAGGUGGUGGUUCAGCGGAGGUGGAACUAAAGAGAGGCGACACUAUCAAGUUGACCACCGACCCUGCAUACCAAGAGAAGGGGAACGCGUCCACAAUAUUCGUUGACUACAAUAACAUCACAAAUGUGGUGAAGCCAGGCAACAGAAUCUUCAUCGAUGACGGACUUGUUUCGGUGAUCUGCCAGUCAGCGUCAUCUGACACCCUCACUUGCACCAUUGAAAAUGGAGGUAGUCUUGGAUCAAGAAAGGGAGUCAACCUUCCCGGAAUCCCAGUCGAUUUGCCAGCUGUCUCGGAGAAGGACAAGUCCGAUUUGCUUUUCGGAGUUGAACAAGGCGUGGACAUGAUCUUCGCAUCGUUCAUCCGCAAUGGUGCCGCGCUGCAGGAGAUCCGCGACAUCCUCGGCGAGAAGGGGAAGAACAUUAAAAUCAUCUCCAAGAUCGAAAAUCAUCAAGGCAUGGUCAACCUUGAUGAAAUUAUUGCUGCGUCGGACGGCAUUAUGGUUGCCCGCGGUGACCUCGGUAUUGAGAUCCCACCUGAGAAAGUGUUCCUGGCACAGAAAACUAUGAUUACCCGCUGUAACAGGGUGGGCAAACCAGUAAUCUGUGCAACUCAAAUGCUGGAAUCUAUGGUCAAGAAGCCCAGACCCACUCGUGCGGAGACCUCUGACGUUGCGAACGCAAUCCUAGAUGGUGCGGACUGUGUUAUGUUGUCAGGAGAGACCGCUAAGGGAGAUUAUCCCUUGGAGUGUGUGCUGACGAUGGCUAACAUAUGUAAAGAAGCAGAGGCUGCAAUCUUCCACAAACAAUUAUUUACUGAUCUCGUGAGUGAGUUGCGUCGACCAAGUGAGCCGGCCCACUCUACGGCCAUCGCGGCGGUGGAGGCGUCCACGACGUGCCUGGCGGCCGCCAUCGUGGUCAUCACCACCAGCGGGCGCUCGGCGCACCUGCUCAGCAAGUACCGCCCGCACUGCCCCAUCAUAGCGGUCACGCGCCACGCGCAGACAGCGCGGCAGGCCCACCUCUACCGCGGCGUGCUGCCCAUCGUGUACACAGAAUCCCCAGCGAGUGACUGGCUGAAGGACGUUGACAACCGCGUCCAAUACGGACUGAAGUUCGGCCGCGCGCGCGGCUUCAUCAAGACUGGAGACAAUGUUGUUGUGGUUACAGGCUGGAAGCAGGGCUCCGGCUUCACGAACACCUUACGCGUCAUCCAAGUCGAGUGAGACGCCGCUAAACCGUACAACUAACAAGAUACAAAAGUUUUUAUUAAGUAUUAGCGCCAAGAGCAAGUGAUAUCUAAU